AUGUCCCCUACCGGGGGAGCUUUUCUGUUCCCCACCGAGGUGGUCGCCCUGACCAGGGAGAUCAAAGCGGCGGCCGUGGUGAUGGGGGUCGUGGUCGUGGUGAUGGAGGUCGGGGACGCGGCCGAGGUGAUGGAGGCCGUGGCCGUGGUGAUGGAUAUCGGGGUCGUGGUGAUGGAUAUCGGGGCCGUGGUGAUGGAGGCCGGGGGCGUGGCGAUGGAGGCCGUGGUGCUAAAGCGCCGCCAGCAUACUUUAGGUAAGAUGCGUCUUGCGGACCCCAACCAGACCGCGGCCCCCGACCCCGCCAUCCAGCAGCUGGAGAACCAGCUCGUCAAGCAGCAGUCCGAUGAGCUUAUGCAGCGUAUCAAGAAGCCCGGCAAGGCGCCCGCCCGCGCCGUCUUUGGCGAGCAUCUUCCUGCCCGGCCUGCCUUUGGCGACCAAGGCCGUGCCAUCAUCGUGUGGGCCAAUUCCUUCGCCGUCACGGCCAAGCCCAUCACGCUCUACAAGUAUGGCCUCAACAUCGACCGGGUCUUCACUGCCGAGCAAAAGGAGAAGGGUCGGCCCAAGCAAGUGGAAGUUCGCGGAAGGAAGUUGCAGUUUGUCAUUGCCAAACUGCUGGACAUGAUUCGGGAUGUGCCGGGGCAGGUUCGCACUGAGGCCAAGGCCACGCUGGAGCAGGCCAAGAAGGCGCUCAAGGAGGUGCAGAAGGCGGGCAACAAGCAGGCGGUUGCGGAUGCCAGGGCGGCUGUCGAUAAGGCAGCGGCGGCCGAGAAGGCAACUGCGACGCUAUCAGACAACAAUAAAUUGGUGGUCAGCGAGUUCAAGAGCCAGAUUGUCUCGUCAAAGGAGCUGCAAUUGACCCACAAUCCUAUCCGUGUGGUCCUAUUGGAUGAAGCUCUCGAGGACGGAGCCCCUCCUCGCGAGGAGCAUUUCGAUGUUGAGCUCAUGGAUGCAGUGCCGGUCAACUUCUCCGAGAUGCUUGACCAUGUUGCCUCCAUGAAGGUGCACAAGGAUGACAACGUGUUCCCUCGCCACCCAGAAGUGGUGGACGUGCUCAACAUGAUUCUUGGGUUCCAUCCACGCUCCAACAUUGACAGCGUCAGCGCCGUUGGGUCUUCGAGAUUCUAUCCGUUUGCCAGUCAUGCCCAAACUGCGUCUCUCAUGGAGGAUUUCCGCCCAUUGAUUGCCGCUCGAGGCUUCUUCCAGUCCGUUCGCCUGGCGACGGGCCGGGUCCUUCUCAACACGCAGGUUACGCAUGGUGUCUUCAAGCUUUCCGGACAGGCCACCAAGAUCUUUGAGCAGCUGGAGAUCGAGCCCUGCCCGUCGGGUCACAACCAUAGGGACUACCAGAUGAUCAAGACCCUCAAGGCCUUUUCCAAGUGCCUAAGCAAGGUUCGCGCGUCCGUCACGUUUCGGACUACGAGCGGCCGUGAGGUCAAGCGCGUCAAGGCCAUUGAGGGCCUCGUAUUUGCGUCGGACAUGACGCGAAAGCGCGGCAACAAGGGUCCGAAUGCCGAUAAAUUUGCCCCCAACUGGGAGCUUUGCGGUCCGUCGCACGUCUCGUUUUGGAAUGCCGAAGACAAAAAGUACGUUACGGUCAAGCAGCAUUUCAAGAACAAAUACGGUCUUGAGCUGGGAAAUUACCCGCUCUUCAACUUUGGCAACGGGGAUAAAAAUUCCUACUUCCCCGCCGAAGUCGUCGAGAUUCAGCAGGGGCAGCAGGCCAAGCUCAAAUUGACGGCAAAGGAGACCUCUGACAUGCUCACCUUUGCCUGUCGGCCGCCUUACGCCAAUGCUCGGACUCUGGUCAAGGAGAGUCGCGAGCUCUUGGGCCAUGACAACCCCCUGCUGCAGCAACUUGGCGUCUGUGUGUCUAAACAACUGAUUGCCGUGAAUGCGCGUAUCAUCAACCAACCCAAGGUCCGGUACGAUAAGGGCAAAAUCCCCGAAAUCAGAAACGGAAGCUGGAACUUGAUGAGUGCUAGCGUUUUGAAGUCUGGCCCUAAGAUCGCGAAGUGGGCAUACGUGGAUAUUCUGUACGGAGACAGAUCCCCACCGAUCGGGCCAGACAAACUCGACUCAAUGAUUACCGCUUGGCAGAGGAUGGGUAUUAAUAUCCAGCAAGGCUCGACGUUUUCCGAGACUGCCACCCAAUACGACAUCACCCAGAAGCUGGACGAUAUCUUCAAGAAGAGCCAGAGCAAGGGCGUGCAGCUGAUUGUCUUUAUCUUGUUCCAAAAGGACUCUGGGCCGCUCUAUAGCCGCAUCAAGACCUUGGGCGACUGCAUCUACGGCAUCCACACCAGCUGCAUCGUGCGAAAGCAAGUCGAGAAUGGCUCGCCGGGGACUCUGGCCAACCUCGGUCUCAAGGUCAAUCUAAAGUUUGGCGGUGUCAACCAGAAGCUCUGCGAUGACCUCGACAUCUUGAAGGGUGGGACCACCAUGUUUGUAGGCUACGAUGUGACGCACCCUACUAACAUGGAAGUCCCCAAAAGCGGCGUUAUCCCCCCCAGUCUGGUCGGUCUAGUCUCGAGCAUCGACAACGACCUUGGGCAGUGGCCGUCCGUCACCUGGGAGCAGAACUCCAAGCAAGAGAUCCUCGGCCCCGCGCUGGAGCACCACUUUGCGUCCCGCAUCGAUCUCUGGCGAAAGAAGAAUGGAGGCAAACCCCUUGAGAACAUUAUCAUCUACCGCGAUGGCGUUUCCGAGAGCCAAUUUGCCACUGUCCUCAAAGACGAACUGCCGUCGAUCCGCAAGGCGGCCGAGAAGAAGUUUCCGCAGGAUCCGCCCAAGCUGACCAUGAUUGUGUCGGUCAAGCGGCACCAAACGCGCUUCUACCCCGCCGACGAGGCCAACCUGAGCGGCUCGAGCAACAUUAAAAACGGCACCGUCGUCGACCGCGGUGUGACGCAGGCGCGCUACUGGGACUUUUACCUGACUGCGCACCACGCGCUCAAGGGCACGGCGCGUCCGGCGCACUAUUCCGUGCUGCUCGACGAAAUCUUUCGGCCACGCUACAAACUCGGCGCGGCCAAUGAGCUCGAGAAGCUGACGCACGAGCUGUGCUACCUGUUUGGCCGGGCGACGAUGGCGGUCAGCAUCUGCCCGCCGGCGUACUAUGCGGAUCUCGUGUGUGAGCGGGCGCGGGCGCAUCGCCCCGAGUAUGCCGGCGCGGAUGAUGUCAGCGAGAUGUCGGGCUCCGUGUCGAGCAUGCACGGGCCGGCGCAGGCGCGCGAGAUUCACCAGAACCUCCGAGACACCAUGUUCUACAUGUAA